AUGGCAGGCGAGGCGACUCUGGGAAACGGCGGCAUCAUGAGUUCUCCGGUACCCAACGACAACUCGAGGCUGCUCUCACCUCCAAGAGCAAGCAAUGGCAAGGAGAGAAGGAACCCUCCCAUUACGCCUAGAAGGUUCAGACGCUUCUUCACUCCGCGCUCAAGAGUUCCCUCACCUGCACAUUUGAGCCCCGCCCGGAAAGCACUCCAGGUCCUAGCUGGCCCCGAACUGAAUCACCGACAACGAUACCAGACCCCUGCACCAUCCAGUCCUCUGAGGCCUCUCUCUGAGGAGCAAAUACGCGAUGAAAACCUCGACCUCGACCUCGACCUUCAGGACGAUCGAUUGGCCAAGAGAAGGAAGUGUCAUCAUACGCUCGAGUCCUCGCCAUGUCGACCUCCUCCGCUUCCCGCUUCGAGUGAUGCGAGAUCAGGGCUCCUCAGCCCUAUACGAUCUCUCCAUCCCAGCCAAGAGAUAUGCGAAUCCGAUGAGGAAAUGAGUGACGACGAACUUCUAUCGAUCCAUCAACCUGUGAAGCGCCUGGUGCCUUUGACGAGUCGUGGGUUGACUGGUCAGCUGGCCCAGCGGCAGCUGGGAGGAAUGCCUCGUGCUGGACGCUCACACAUGUCAUAUCCUACCGCUGACUGGAGGGUCGAAACGGCCGACUUCCAUAGUCGACCAGAUGAUGUGCACAAUUGCAUCAGCCAUGACGGACCAGGCCAAUGUAUUCCGUUCUGUGUCGCCACCUGCAACCGCAGCAGUCUGACUGCUGUUGGAGACGAGGAAGGCCGCGUGCGGCUACUGGACUCUUCAGGCCACCCCCAAGAGCCGUUCAGCAAGAUUCAUCUUACUCUCCAAGCGCACACCAACGCCAUCAUCGACCUUGCCUUCUCGGAUGAUGACUAUCUUCUUGCCACCGCAUCUGGUGAUCAGAUGGGGCGAGUCAUAGAUAUGAUGACACAGACCACCGUCGCCUUCCUGCCGCAACAUACUGCCUCUCUCAAACAAAUCCGCUUUCAACCUGGACAGGCGAACAGCAGUGUUCUUGCGACGUCAUCCCGGGACGGGAGUGUCCAGAUAUGGGAUCUGCGCUGUAGUCGCCCAGCGCAUGAUUUCUCACUUCCAGAGAGCCGGGAGACCAACUUGGUAUUCCGACGACCCCAAGCGAAGCGCGGGUGUGCUGUUAACAGUCUCUAUCAAGCUCACGCGCACACGCCGCACCAAGUUCGGCAAGCCCACUUCAUCGGAUAUGGCGAUACUCCUUCUCGUGGUGAGCUGCCGGGGCGGGCAAAUGACAUAUCCGUCACGGCACUGCAGUUCCUACCUGCAGGGCAAGAGCACUUACUGCUCACGGCAUGCGAGGCAGAUGCAUCCAUCAAGCUGUGGGACAUCCGCUCCAUACACUCCUCUCGCACCAAGGUCCCAUCACCACUGUCGGCGACAGCUCCACCGGAAUCUCAUUCUACCUAUAGACCAUUCGGCAUCUCGUCACUGGCGCUUAGCACUGAUGCCUCCAGGCUGUAUGCAUUAUGCAAAGACAAUACGGUGUACGCAUACUCGACCGCGCAUCUGAUGCUGGGACACGCACCUGAAUUAUCUUCGCGUGGCGAGCCGCCGAGACGGAGACAGAACGUGGUGACGCAGCAAGGUCUAGGUCCGCUGUAUGGAUUCAGACACCCUUCAUUCCACGCGACGAGCUUCUAUGUCAAAUGUGCAAUACGUCCGGCACGGGAUGGCAAAAGCGAGCUUCUAGCUGUUGGAAGUAGCGACAACUGCGCUGUGCUCUUCCCAACAGACGAGCGGCAAUUCAGAGAUGAACUGUCGGGUGCAAUGGGCUCCAUGAGCCUCGAGAACUCGACUAUCGCCACUGCACCUCUUCUUCCUGCCGCGCUCGCAAGCUUUGCGUCGACACCAGCGGCCAAUACUAGAGCGUCGGGGGCGUUCCGCAAACCGCUUUUCCCAGCCAACAACUCCACGAACCUGUCGGCGCGGUUGAACGACAACAUUCCCAUCGUACGCACGGGGACGCCCCUCGUACGCGGCCACGAGCGGGAGGUCGGCUCUCUCGCAUGGACAAACCAGGGCAAGCUAGUCACAGUCGGAGACGACUACCUGAUCCGGUGUUGGAGCGAGAGAAGAGACGACGCCGCAGACUUGCGCACAGGGGGCGAGACUGGAGGCAGACGCUGGGGAUGCGGCUGGGCUGACGUCGGUGAUGAUUGGGAUCAGCCCGAUGACGACGAGGAUUGA